AGGUGAAGAUAGGCUAGUUGACGGAGGACAGCAGAGUUUGAAGAUGUCUGGUCUGUCAUCUGUAUGUCUUCUAAUUUGACGUUCAAAUAACCGUAUGGUUUUGGACAAUGAAAACCAAUACUUUUCGAUUUUGGUUUGUAUAAGAAGAGCCCACACUGAGGAAAACAGCCGGUUGACCAAUUGGUGGAGCAGCAAGCGGGUCAGGAAGAGUGUUUAAACAAGAGUGCAGGGGUGGUAUGGAAGCCACGGGAGAGACUGAGGGUGGAAGCUAUGAAGACCUAACAGGGAUCACAGAGAAGAAGAGGCCCAAGCUGAGGAUCGUGAGGUCACGUCUGUCGGCAAAGAUCCAGAAAAAAGAUGAGGCAGGAGAUAUGAAGCAGAGCCAGUCAGCCAGUGACGUUACAUUCAGUUGGAAUGAACAUCUGAACAUUGGAGAUAUUCUUUCCCAGGGCAUGCUUGGAGCUAGAGCAUUGUCACAUGACAGUAUUUUCCAGUCAGACCCAGAGCCGCCAAGGCUCCUAUCCCAGGAGAACAGUCAUGGUCGGAUCCGAGCUCUACAGAUGAAACUCCAGCAGCAGAAUAUGCGGCUAGGCCCGCCCCCUAUGGUUUUGCCCAUAAAGCGGCCUGAGGACCCAGGCGGAAGUUCAGAGGAUGAUGGACUUCCACACAGUCCCCCUGAAAACUCUCAGGGUGAAGGUGUACGGCCAGCCUCAUCCAAUAAGCCCUUUGGGGUGACUGGAAGCUUUUACCCAUUCUCCAUCCCUCUCAGAAACCAUAGCUCUCUGAGUUUAGCUGGAGCAGGAAGUGAAGAGGAUGAACAGCCUCUCUCUCCUAGACUCAACAGUCACAUGCCCAUUUCCACCUCAACUGAGCCCCCUGGGGUUGACUUCAGCUCCCCUCCUCAGAUCACCCCUUGCCUUGAUAAUUCUGCAGCUCGUCACCGUAUGUCCGUUAAACCCAGGAACCAGAGGGCCAGCGCCAAAAUGAGAAGGUUUCCUACUUUGUCUACCAGUCGGCCACGUUCAGAGAGCGUGAACCACCUGACAGGCCCUCUGACUGAGAAGCCGGAAGAAGAAGUCCGUGCAACCAAGGAGAUGACCUACAUCUCUUCUUUCUCCUCCGAAGUUUUACAGCCCGUGGAAAAGUUUACUUCUCCUCCAGCCAGGAAUGCCCCCCCAGCUUCACCCCGAAAGACUCAGGAGGGCACUGGAGGUGCCCAGAAAGCUCAAGCACAAAGACAGUCUUCCCAGCAGCCUGAGCAGGAAGAGGCAGAUCGACAGACCACCUUCACCAAAUUGGGACUCCCUCAGCACCUGACAGUUAAGCAGGAGACACCGAGUUGGGCCACAGUGUCCGUCCCUAAGACUCGAACCGCAUCUGUCAAUCGCCCCGCUCCUGAUGCUGAACUUGACUCCGUAGAAGCAGUCACUGCCAAAGCCCCAAGCUCACCCUCCCCAAAGAGUAUGAAAACCAGAGAAACUAUCAGAGAUAUUUCUAGUGAUUCCACAUCAAAAAGUGCUCAAGAAAAUAUUGUACUGCCUGCAAGACCCAUGGGUUUGACUUCCAGACAACAGCUGAAUGUGAAACAGGGAGAACUUGAUGAACCACUUAUCCUCAACAUCGAGAGCAAGGAUAUGGUCCAGGGGCAAUCUGCAACCCUCCAUGCAAAGAAUUGCUUAAAUGACCAACAGUUGGCACCCUCACGAGUGUCAGCUGAUCUAGCUUCUGUGGUAACUCUGAGAGCAGCAAAUCUUCGAAGACAUCCAUUUUCCACACAAGAUGUAUCAGAAGUGGAGCGUGGAUGGCAAAGUACCACAGCAUCACCCACCAGACAGGUGGAUCAGCCACAGGCAGAAUCCCUCAAACAGCAAAGGCAAGUAGCCAGGUCCUCCCAGCCUUCCAUAUCAUCUAAUCUACAACAAGAUCAGCCAAGAACUGAGGGUAUCUUGGGAGGGUUAGAGAAAACAGAGGCAAGAAAGGAGGCUGUUCCUUGGGCCAGAGGUCCCUUAGGUCAAGCCGAGAGCCAAAGGGUGGGAGUCACAGGAAAAGAUCACCACUCUUCUCCAUUGUCAGAGGCACCCAGAUUGGAAAUGGUAUCUAAAACCAAAUCCAAUGUACCAUCUGCACCAACCAAACCAAGAGAACUACUACCCAACUCCGUAACAGCCCAAGGGAGAGAGGACGAUCAAGGAAACGAAACCCAGGAGAUGGGGGUGGAGGCCACAGAAGAGGAGGUCCAGGAAGGAGUGGAGGAGGCAGAAGAAGCAAAUGAGGAGCUGAAAGGAAACGAGUUGGAUGAGGAGGAGAAGGAGAAAGGGGGAGGGAACGCUUUUGGAGUGAAGCUGCGCUCCACCUCUCUCUGCCUCAAGUACCGCUCGGAUUUGGCCCAGUCUGAGCUCAAAGUCAAAAGGCACAGCGCUGAGAUUGGGGCACUGACCCCGCCCUUGGCCCCCUUACCUGCUUCAUCCCAUUCCGGAGUAUCUGAAGAGCAACUGGACACCACCCCAAGCCCCCAGAGAGGAAGAUCAGUGGAGUCUAUGCUUAACAAGCCUCUUUCCCAUACUGGUUUGUCCCCCAUGCCGCCCUCUGCUCAAAUGUCCAGUUCUUCACCCAAACGGACUGGCAGGGACAGGGAGUGGCUUGAGUCCUUCAGACAGGCAGAUAAAGCUCCUCCAACACAACCUGAAUUCUUACCCGAUAAGGGUAUUCGUCCUACGCCUUUGCCACAAAUGCCCGUUCCCCCUAAAGAGAAUAUAGCAGCAUCCGCUCCUUUUUCUAAAGAGCCUCAGGACUCUACGUCUGAGGUGUCCUGGAUGAGUGUGGCCAGAGAAAAGACCAAGAGUCUACAACAACUCUUUACCAGCAGGCUGCCUGAAUUCACCGGUCUGCAGAUGGCUACGCGGCCCACGGCCACAACCGCUAGCCAAUCCCCACCCGCACAGCCUGCUAUGAGACCAGUACAGUCCACUGCAUAUCCACCGGCAGCCCUCCACUCGACCACGCAACCCUCUUUUAAGCCGACACUGUCCACCCCAAACCAAACUUUAGCUGCGAGACCAGCACAACCAACCACAGAGACCCAAAUGUCCUCAAGAGCAGCACAGAUAAGCUGCAGUCAACCAGAAACAGCACAGUCCAAUGCCAAACAAGGGCAGCUGACCACUAAUAAAACUUCAGUCUCUCAGCUCACUUCACGACAAGCACAGUCAAUAACUUACCCAAUGCCCACUCAUCAAGACAUUCAAAAAAGUCAGACAGCAAAGCAUCAAUUAGCACAAACCUCCACUCACCAGACACAACCCUUUACACAGUCUUCACCCCUCAACUUAACACAAGUCCCACCACAGACUGUGCUACAUUCGGUUCAAUCCACAAUUCCCCCGCAGCUCUCGUCAAGCCCAAAGUUCACGUAUAACCAAGUUCUUCAGAAUACCCCGCAGAUCUUCCCACAAACAACUCCACCCGCCAUAGAGUACAGACUUCACAGGAGGGAUGACAGGCCCUCCAGUGACCCAGUCAGAGCAGAACAAGGAGAAAGGGAGAAAGGAAAUGGAAAAGCCUCACAGAAAGGCAGGGUGCCGUGGGCUGCCGAGACUGGGAGCAGAGCUACCCACAUGGAGAACUUGGCAGACAGGGCACCUAUGGGGACCAAGGUUGAGGAGCCGAAAGCAACAUCUGAAGCUCGAAUUACAGCUCAGUCCACAUCUCCAUUUCAAACCAUAUUUAGUAACAGAUGCGCAAAUGUGGAAGGGGCGAGAGCUAGUACAACAAUCUCAGCUGCUGUACCUACGAGGCUCGUGGACAGAGAGGACAGAUGGCAGAGGAAGACAGGGCCACCAUCUUCCUCACCCUUAUCAUCAUCACCUCUCCCAUCCAACAGUGACGGAGGCCAGCCGUCUUGGAUGGAGCUUGCGAAGAGGAAGUCCCUUGCAUGGAGUGAUAAAUCUAUGGAUUAAGAGGCAGGCAUAGUGUAGGAAGAGAGGGUGUGUGACUCUCAGAUUUUGAUCCCUCUCCUAACAUUGUCUUGUUAACUCAGAAAUAUUGUUUAUCUGAACUAUAAUUUAAUGAUGUUUGAGUUUAUCUGUCAAAGGAUGUGAUUUUUAUCAAAGUGUUUAUGAAAAUUAUCGAUUUGUUUA